AUGCCCCUGUCAGGGCCAUUCACUCAUCUCUUAACGGCAACGUCCAUUCGUCUUCUCGACAUCGACCCGGGCAACACAGGCGACAGCCUCGUCUGCACUUUCCAUGAGGUGGACUUGGAAAGCAGUGCAGCGGAUCCAUUGUUCUCAGCCCUCUCGUACAAGUGGGGAGACAACAAGGAUAACCGAAAAAUCACAGUCAACGGCCACGCUGUCGUCGUGCGCCGCAAUCUGUACGAUUUCUUGCUCCGCGCAAGACAAGAAGGAUGGCUGUAUAAUCUGUGGAUUGACGCCCUGUGUAUCAAUCAGAAGGAUAUACGCGAAAGGAACAGACAAGUGGCCAUGAUGGGCCACAUUUAUUCACGCGCAUAUCGGGUACUCAUAUGGCUUGGUCCUCUCGGCGAAGUUGAGUCUCAUGGUCUCUUGGAGUUUUUCGAGAGGUGUGAGGGUGAGAAUAACUCUGUGCGGGGUGUCUCUUUUGGGGAUGACUUUAGAACACUCGAGAGAAUGCGUUAUCGCUGGAGUUCCCUCUCUCCGUCGUGCAGGAGAGGCAUGGUUCGUGUGCUUCAGAACCCCUACUGGCUGCGCAAAUGGAUCAUCCAGGAGGUUUUUCUCUCUGGCCAGACGGCACAAGUCGUCACCUGUCACUCCUCUCACUGGACCUCCACCAUCCCCAUAACCCGGAUCGCCAAGGGGGUCUCACAUAUACUGGGGGACUUCUUUUUAGAAUCUAGUGCGUGGAAGCCGGCCUGGGAGUAUCAUAUGGGAGACUAUCGUAGGUAUCCUGGGUCGGAAGUGGACCGGGGCCCCUACGGGGGCGUCGACCUAUUGAAUACAGACGACGAGAAGAUUGAUGCUUUGCAGCUUUGGUCCUUCCGCAGAUUCAUCGGUUACGACCCCAAUGCAGCGAGAUUUAGGUAUACCUCGGCAACGGGGCUUCCAUUGUUCUGGGAAACACUGGGAGACGCAACCAUGACAUUUAAGCCGCAGCACCUCAUAACGCUGAUGGACACUUUCCGACGGCAUUCUUGCAGCAUGCAACACGACAAUGUAUAUGCGCUACUGGGUCUGGCAGACCUGAAGCCAGGGUCCCUUGAGGUUGACUAUUCCUGUUCGAUUGAAGAUCUGGCUCGGGCUGUAUGGGCUGCCAUGAAGGACGACUUCGAAGGCCACGAGGUCGACAAUUGUAUUCUGUACACGCUUCAGAUCCGUAACAGAGAGAACUUUUCUCUUGAACCCCGGGGCUGCGUAAACAAGGUUCUAGAUAGAUUAAAAUGCUGGUAG